CCUCCUGUGCAGUGUAAGCAAUGUCAGUGUGCAGAGUCCAACAGCUCCUCCGUCUCGUUUCGUGGGAGAUAAUUGUCAAAGUCUUUAGCUCCCAGGUCAGACCACAUACUGGAGUUCAGGGACCACCAUGCCCUCCGGGAAGAACAUCAAACUCAUCCUGUAUGAGCUGCUGCAGUUUGCGGCCCUGAUCGUGCCAGUGUUUGUGAUCAUGGAGAGGUUCGCCAGACUCAUUCGGAAUGUUAGAGGAGGCGAUCUCACGGCCUACUGGCUGGUGGUGGCGGCCUCCAUCGCCUACGUGACCUCUGUGACCCUGCUGGUGUGGGUCCCCCUGAAAUAUGUGACCCUGAAGCAGAGGAGGUUUAUCUUGGAGAUCACACAGUGGAGACCCACAGCACUGGCGUACAUCAUCCUGUGCACAUUGCCUUGUUCUGCUAUUCUAAUAGCCAGCUCCAAGGUGCAAGUGGACGGUGGAGUAAAACGUGAUCUGUUCACUGAGUUACCCGUCUCCUUGGUAUUAAUGUCUCUUAUCUGUGUGGACAUCAUAGAGAGGAUCCGGCCCUGCAGGCUCCUCGGACAAUCAGACAGCCUGGACUCUGACCUUGACAUGGCAGGCCCAGUCCUCACCCACCUGGAGCAGGUGACCACGGUAACAGGCCAGCUGCACACUGAUGAGGUCCCUAACGGUGUGACCCAAGACCACCCAGAGGUGAGGAAUGGCAGCGCCUCAAGCAAAUGGCAGGACCCUUCACGUCCAGCCAGCCGCUUGACAACCAACUCACGAGUGUCCAGCAUGGCAUACCUGUACUCCUCUUCCUCACGGCCCCGAGCGUACUCUGGUCCUCUGGGAUUCUUUUGGAGGAGAGACGGGAGAGGGGAGGUGUUUGUGGAUACUUUCCUGUUUUGGAUGGACACAGUGGAGAUGGUGAGAGUUGCAGGAGAGCCGUCUGUCUUCUACUCCGCCUGGGUGUUCCCCGUCUACAUCCUGGCCUUCAUGUCAACACUCCGCAUGGUCAUCACUCCCCAAAACCCUCUACUGUCCUUCGCUGGAUUUGCCCUGCAAGACUUUCCUUUCUUCAUCAUCCGAGUGGCUCUGAUUGCUGUGUUCGGCUAUGUUACCCCCGUGUUGUACCCGCUGAAAAACGUGCUGGUGAGCCUGACUUUUAUCUACUUCACAUACGUGACCAAGCUGAGGAUUUUCAAAAGGCAGAGCAUGUUCUGAAGAGGAGUGGCACGUGCUGUUGUAAAUAAAAGAUCUGCUCUGAUUGUGG